AUGGAAGAAACGGCAAUAGAAUCCUAUUUGAAUUGGAUCAAGGAAAACGGCGGAAGCUUUAAAAAGAUUGAAUUCAGACAUGAUAUGGAGGGCGUUGGUUGUGUCUAUACCACGGACCGAGUAGAAGAAAACGAAAAUUUUGCAACCGUGCCAUUCAAGCUCUGCAUCACGGAGAAACAAGCUCGUAAAGCGCUUCCUGAUUUAGCUUCGUUCUCUGGCCGCAUCGUGCAAACAGUGUAUUUGCUUUUGCAGAAACAUUUGGGAGAAAGUUCAUUUUACUGGCCCUACAUUAACAUUUUACCCAAGAUGAUCAAGACGCCAUUGAUCUUUGACGAUAAUGAUAUACGGUAUAUCCAAAACACCAAUCUGGAAUCUGCUACAAGAGAACGUAAAGCGGCUUUGUUUUUGGAUUUUGAAAAGAUGGUGGAACAUCUGCCUCAGGAAAUUUACAAGGAUGAUAUUACAUGGGAGGACUUUCUAUGGGGCUAUAGCGUGUUCUCCUCGAGAGCAUUUCCAUACACACUCAUAGACCCAACUUCAACAGAUCAGUCUGAAGUGUUGUUUCCUCUCGUGGAUGCAUUGAAUCAUAAGCCCAACACAAAGAUUACUUGGUCGAGAAACGGUGACCCUGAAACUGGAUCAUUGUCCUUUGUAGCUGGCCAAGCCCACAACACUGGUGAUGAGAUAUUCAAUAAUUACGGACCCAAGUCGAAUGAAGAGUUGCUUCUUGGUUAUGGUUUCUGCUUUGAGUACAAUGAAUUUGAUCACAUUGCCAUCAAACCCAACUUUUCUCAAGAUCCCAAUCAGGAGACUAAACUCCAUAUCUUGAAGCAAUGUCAAGUGUCAUCAGGCAAUGCAGAUCCUCUAACAUUCUACUUUCACAGAAGCAAUUUGCCCGAAUCCUUCUUUCAACUGAUGCGAGUCCUUGUCAUGAACAGCAUGGAGACAGAGCAUUAUGCCAUCUGCGCAGACGCUCGCUUACUGGAUUUCGUGGGCUAUCGAAACGAAAUUACCAUGAUUUCAAUGACACUGGGGCUAUUAAAGAGCAAGUUGCACGCCAUCCAGUCUGUUCAUUUGGAGACGGAACAUAUUCCAAGCUGGCAAAAGUUUGCACUCAUGUACAGAGCAGGCCAAGAGGAUGUUCUCAAUGCCACCAUCUACAAGGUCGAGGAGAAGAAGCGCAAUUUGAUUCAGCAAAUGUUCCAAGAUGAAAAAGAAGGUAAACUUGCUCCCUGUGCUCCAUUUUUGAGCAUUGUGAACCCUUCCUACUUUCAAGAUCAAGCUUCCAGCAUUGAGCUCUCUGGCCAAGAUUUCAUUACCUUGGAUUCUGUUGUCAUGACACCCAAACGACUGUUGAACAAGGACGCUGAAUUUGCUGCCAUCAUAUCCGCUAAUUUUGAGUUGGAAGAAGAAGCUGACAUGAUCAUGAUGUUGUGCCUGAUUAGAGAGAAUGCCAAUCCUUCAAGUCCAUGGAGGCCAUUUUUCAAUCGAGUUACUACUGCUGCAGCUGUGUCACAAAGUGCAACACCAUCCAACCCAGACAAAGAAGAUCAAGCGGAAUUGCGCGAAAUGUAUGAUUCCAUGAUACCUGCAUUCAACGAGGCUUAUCCUACUGUAUUUGACUUGAAUGUAUUUAGCUUUGAAUCGUUUGUUUGGGCUGAUACUAUCCUCAACAACUAUUCCAUUGAGAAUCCAUUAGCCAUUGUACCACUGUAA